AUGACUGUCGUUGAGAGUAAGAGACCUGCUGAAGAGACCGCAUUGGGAAGCGACGAGAAGGUAAGAUUGCUAGAGAGUUCAAAGGCUGUUGGUUCUUUCAACUCUAAGAUAUGGGAUAAAUCAUUCCAGGACGACUUGAGACAAGAGAUUAAAAAUGCUCAACCUUAUAAUUGGGGUACUAUUCGUGAUCUAGUGGAUCCAAACUUGCUGCAAGAAGUCAGAAGAGAGAUUGAGACCUCGAUCCAUUUCACACAAAAGGAAACGGAUAUCUAUAAAGUGAACCAAUCUGGAGAUUUGGCAAACUUGUCUGGGUUAGAUGAUGCAGAUCUGUCAAAGCUACCUAGUUUAGUUAAAUUACGUGAGCUUUUGUAUUCCGAGAAGUACAGAGAUUUCAUAGCAUACGUGACACAAUCUGGGAAACUAUCUGGGUCCAAGACGGACAUCAGUAUUAAUACAUAUACCAAGGGUUGUCAUUUAUUGACGCAUGAUGAUGUUAUUGGAUCUAGAAGGGUGUCUUUCAUUUUGUACUUGCCUGAACCUGAAAGAGUAUGGAAAGAGCAUUACGGUGGUGGACUAAGGUUGUUUCCCAGUAUUGUUCCAAAUGUUCCAUUUAGUGACCAUUCAGCCAAAUUAGUUCCUCAGUUUAACCAAAUUGCCUUCUUUAAAGUUCAGCCGGGUUUCUCGUUCCAUGACGUUGAAGAAGUGAAAGUUGAUAAGCAUAGAUUAUCCAUACAAGGAUGGUACCACAUACCGCAAGAAGGUGAGCCUGGUUAUACACCAGGUGAAGAAGAGGAAUGGAUAAAAACCAAUAUUAGUACCCUGUCUCAGCUAGUUAAUAGUCCCUUACAGGAUUAUGAGUUUCCAAAGAUUGAUAGAACACCUUUAUCACACUAUGAAUCUGGUAAAUUGGAUAGAACUGAUGAUCUUUUAACUGAAGAUGAUAUCACUUUUCUGUCGAAAUUUUUGAACCCAGAGCACUUGACUACUGAAUCUAUGAGGAAAAUAAGCGAUAAAUUUGUUGAAGAUUCUUUCAUUAAUAUCGAAUCGUUCUUAAAUGAUGAAUAUUCUUCAUUGUUGAAGAAACUCAUUAUGGAUAAAGAGUUUAACUAUGACUGUCCUUACGAAAGCGUCAAUGUAAGACACCCAUGGAAAACUUCUUUACCACCUCAUAAAUGGAGAUAUUUAUAUAUCGACGGCAAAUCAUACACUAAUUUUAGAAACGAAGAAGAUAUUAAGAAGGCUUUGAACAAUCCAGAACUCCCUAAUUUUCAUCAGCUUUUGAGUUCCUUUGCAGACAAGGAAGAAUUUAACUGCGAAGCUAAGCUAUGUGAACUAGCAAUAUUCUUGCAAAGCAUUUCAUUCAAAAAAUGGAUCGUGCAAUUGACAAAACUAGUUAUCUUAAGUGAGCAACUUCUCAUCAGAAGAUUCAGGCCAGGUAAGGAUUUCACUCUAGCCACAACCACCGAAGUCAACGAAUUAUUGAAAACGAUUCCUGGCUUUGUAGAAGCCAUCCUAGAAUGCACACUUUGCUUAACACCAAGCAAAGGAUGGGAUUCUGGCGAAGUUGGUGGAUAUGAACUCUACAUGAACAACCAAGAUGACGACGAAGAUGACGAUGCUGCAAUUUAUAGAGCUGACGACGAUGGAGACUCCGUCUUAAUUAACAAACCAGCAAGUUGGAAUUCUUUAAACUUGGUGUUGCGAGACGAAAAUGUUUUACAGUUCAUCAAGUAUGUUAGUUGGGCUGCUAAAUCAAGCAGAUGGGAUAUUUCUUUGCAAUGGGAUGUAAAGUCAGAGGAGUAA